CCAAAACCAAAAAAAAAAACAAGGGAGAGACGACUAAACCGGGCCCGGUAAGGAAAGGACAGAGCAGGUGCGGAGCGCCGGCCACCUGGCGCAUUUUGGUGCCUUGGAUCGGAAGCGAGCGAGCGCAGCGGAGGCCGAAUGGGCUCCUCGUCCACCCCGGCGGCGGCGGCGGCGAGCCGGCGCAGGGUGGCGCUCUACCUCACGCUCCUCACCCUGCAGUACGGCGCCCAGCCCCUCAUAUCCAAGCGCUUCGUCCGCCAAGAUACUAUAGUGACCUCACUUGUUCUUGCCACUGAAGCAGCAAAGGUUAUUUGCGCAAUCGUUUUAUUGAUUGCAGAGGGUAGUCUGAAAAAACAGUUCAGAAACUGGACUCUCGCUGGAUCACUGACCGCGUCUGGACUGCCUGCUGCCAUAUAUGCAUUGCAGAAUAGUCUGUUGCAAAUAUCAUACAAGAAUUUGGAUUCCUUGACCUUUUCAAUCCUUAACCAGACCAAGCUUUUAUGGACGGCAUUUUUCACUUAUCUUAUUUUGGGGCAAAAGCAAUCAUCAAAGCAAAUUUUAGCAUUAACCCUCUUAAUUAGUGCUGCUGUUCUUCUAAGUGUUGGGGAGAGUAGCAGCAAAGGUUCAAAGGGUGGUAGCUCUGAUUACGUCUUGCUCUAUGGGAUCAUUCCUGUUACAGUCGCAUCUAUGCUGUCUGGGUUGGCCUCUUCACUGUGUCAGUGGGCAUCCCAGGUUAAAAAGCAUACGUCUUAUAUGAUGACUAUAGAGAUGUCAUUUAUUGGAAGCAUGUGCAUGUUAGCAAGUACCUAUCGAUCACCAGAUGGAGAAGCCAUCAGGAAAUACGGUUUUUUCCAUGAAUGGACUUUCUGGACCGUGGUACCGGUCUUAAUGAAUGCCGUGGGUGGAAUUCUUGUUGGUCUUGUCACAACUUAUGCGGGGUUUUGUUAUAGUAUCAGCUCUCCUUGUAACUGCACUGCUACAAUUUAUAUUUGAUGGGAAGCCACCAUCACACUACUGCCUGAUGGCAUUACCACUGGUCAUGACAAGCAUAUUCAUUUACCAGAAGUAUCCAUAUGCUGAUAGGAAGAAGAAAGAUUGAUAAGCAUACUUGUCGAGAAGGGAAAGUUUCCAUCAGCAGAAUGUAACGCUAACCUCAUAUUUCAUUCACAAAAGUCUGGAAUUUGCACUGUCAAGUGUACCAACUGUGACGCCUGAAGAGUGAAGUGUUGUCUUUUCAUGGAGCUAUGUAUCAUUUAUCUACUGAUUUAUAUAGAAUUAAACUAGUAGGGCAGUAGCCUGAAAUCAAUUUCAGCAGACAGUGAGACAGUUGAUAUUUAGGUUGCAUGGAACUUGAUGAAUUGUUUACGUGUACAUCUAUCUAUAUUUUCACAGCUUGAGGAACCUACUCUAUCUUUCACAUAUUUUUAUUUAGAUUACUUGAACAUGAAGGGAGAAGUGUAUCUUUUGUAUUUGUCUUGAUUCUAGCAACUAGGUUAAAGAGUCAAAUAUUGCAUCAUGGGUUUCAUGUGCCCUGCUUAAUCCAA